AGUAUCAAGCGGAGAUAGCCAAUUAGAGUGACCCACGAUCAAGCGAGCAAACUUAUGAUGAACUUUAAAGCCUGGCUUGAAUUGCAUAUUCUUCGCCUAACCGUACCUAAGGGAUAUUGUAUUUGUUAACUGGGAACAUUGGUUUAUUAUUCAUUCUUAUGUAUUUUUUAAAUGGGGUCAUUACGAUUCAACUACAAGAAAAUAUUGUCUUAUAUUCCGUUUGUACUUGUUUUGUUAGAUUUGCAGCAUGAAGGAGUGCAAUGUGGGAAAAAUGCUGAAGUUGAAAAUCAUCUGGAACUGGGGAAGAAGCUUCUGGCUGCCGGACAGUUGGCAGAUGCUCUGUCUCAUUUUCACGCUGCUGUAGAUGAAGACCCCAAAAACUACAUGGCCUACUACAGAAGAGCUACUGUGUAUCUGGCCAUGGGUAAAUCAAAAUCGGCACUCCCAGAUCUCAGCAGCGUUGUGGAACUGAAACCAGAUUUCACUUCUGCACGACUACAGAGAGGAAACCUGCUGUUGAAACAGGGGAAGUUAGAUGAAGCUGAAGAAGACUUUAAAAAAGUGCUAAAAUCCAGCCCGAGUGCCAAAGAGGAGACUGAUGCCAAGACCCAGCUGAUUAAAUGUGAUGAAAUGCAGCGGCUUCUGGUCCAGACCCACAGGGAAUUCAACAAUGAGGAUUACAAAACAGCAGCUGCUCAACUUGACACCCUGCUAGAGACUUGCGUUUGGGAUGUAGCCCUACGAGAGCUCAGGGCAGAAUGUUACAUCCAGCUGGGAGAACUGGGCAAAGCAAUCAGUGAUCUGAAAGCUGCUACGAAAUUGAAGAAUGACAACACUGCAGCUUUCUAUAAGAUCAGUACCAUCUACUACAAGCUGGGAGAUCAUGAAAUGUCACUCAACGAGAUCCGUGAAUGUCUGAAGCUGGACCCAGAUCACAAGCAGUGCUUCAGUCACUACAAGCAAGUGAAGAAACUCAACAAGCAGAUUAUGUCUGCAGAGGAGCUCAUCGGCGAGGAGAAGUACACAGAUGCCAUAAGUAAAUACGAGUCAGUUAUGAAGACUGAACCCAAUGUGCCCUAUUAUACAAUGCAGGCCAAAGAGAGGGUUUGUCAUUGUUUAUCAAAGAACCAGCAAGCACUGGAAGCCAUUGAAACCUGCACAGAAGUCCUGAAGUCAGACCCCCACAAUGUGAAUGUUUUAAAAGACCGAGCAGAAGCAUAUCUUUUGGAUGAGCAGUAUCAUGAGGCUGUGAGAGAUUAUGAAACUGCACAGGAGCACAGUGAGAGCGAUCCUCAGGUCAAGGAAGGACUGGAGAGAGCACAGAGACUUCUGAAGCAGUCCCAGAAGAGGGACUAUUACAAGAUAUUGGGAGUAAAGAGAAAUGCCCAGAAAAAGGAGAUUAUAAAAGCAUACAGGAAGCAGGCACAGCAGUGGCACCCAGACAACUUCCAGGACGAAGAGGAGAAGAAAAAAGCAGAGCAGAAAUUUAUUGACAUUGCCUCUGCCAAAGAGGUGCUCACUGAUCCAGAGAUGAGAAGGAAGUUUGAUGAAGGUCAGGACCCACUGGACCCUGAGAAUCAACAGGGAGGAGACAAUGGUGGGCAUCACUUCCACAGAGGCUGGAACUCAUGGCAGGGAUUCAACCCAUUUGGCUCUGGAUCUUUUAACUUCAAGUUCCAGCACAACUAGUACUGAGGAGCUUCUCUGAGUAUGGAAUAAUGUAUUCAGUUCUGGUUAAUGUCAAUGUAACUUAUAUUAGGAGGGUCCACAUUGGAGUAAGGCUGCCUAUUUACAACAGCAAUUUUAUAUUGCUUUUUAUUACUGUGUUCAUUUUGACAAAAAAGAAAAAAAAAAGAUUCCAUAUGGUCUUCUACUUGAUGACGCUGAAUUGAAAGCUGCAGUGUGUGCUGCAAGAACUGUGAUUAUUUUGCCAGGACUGUAAUUUCUCAUGGUCUAUCUGUAAAUGUGACAGUCAUGUUCUGUCAGAAGAUUGGAGUCCUAGAUCUACGUCUGUUCUUCUAAUGUAAUGUCUAAUGUUGCUAUCCUAUAGGUUCAACCCUAUUCAUGCUUGAGAGAUUGUUUGAGGGCUUAGUAUCAUUUGCAGCUAAAGUUGUCUUCCUUGUAAUCAUCUGUUUUGUAAAUUCUUGGGGACAAAUGGGCAACAACAUAUUUGUAUUAAUUUAAAAACAAAACUCAAAAGUUUGGUUUUGCAAUUGUGUUAAAGCCCAGCAGGCACAUUUGAACCAUUCUGUAAUUGCAUUUGGGGUGUCACAAUACCAUUUCCACUACAUUACCUUUCCCAUAUUGAUAAUUACCUUGGCAUGCCAUUCUAUGUUCGUGUGUAAUACAGGACCACAGUAUUUGUUUUCAGUAUCCAGUCCUCCGUAUCUGUGACUGCCUAUGUGCCAUAUGAAUUAAGAGGCCUUUCAUUGCUGCCAUGGUAUCCACCCCCUGCGUGCCAGCAGGAAGCUGCUUUUGUUUCCCCUGUGCGAGGCACUGGCUGUAUGUCUCGUACAAACAAACUGAAGGGAUCGGAAAGAAUACAAGAACAGGUUGAUUUUUAAAAUCAAAUACAACUAGAAUGUAGGAUUCCUGCUGGAAAAGCAGCAUAACUGUAUAGCUUUCAAGUGUGGUGUUGGUUUUUACCGUAACAGUUGUCUGACUGUUUUAAAAAAGGAAAAUCUAAUUUACAGUAUUUACCUCGGGCAUUGGUUUGGCGUGUAACAAAAUAUUAUUGUAAUGAAAUAGCUAUACUUGGUAAUGGGUAGACUAAGUUCACCUUGUACAAAUAUUUACACAGGUGAUUGCAACUGCCAUUUCCAUUCAUUUGCUUCAAUACAUCGUUUCUGCACAUUCCUCCAAAAAAUUGAUUUAAAACAAUGUCAAUAUCUCAGUUUGAAUUUCAGAUUUUAAAAACAGGUUGCCACAUGUACUUGCACAGCAUGUUCCUGUAUGUGUGUGUUUAUGUACGGGAUUUUUAUAUGAAGUAUUUUCUGAAUUGUAAAUAAAAGAGAUAUUUAUGUUGACAA